AUGACGUCCCUUCUCAAGAGCUGCGAUGACGAUAUUAUCGACGACGGAUUCGUCAUGUGGAAAGGAGCGAAAAUGAUGGGAAAAAUCGCCUACAUCUCAACAUCAGUGAGAUGGAAAGGCGGUGUUCAUGAGUUUGACGAUCGAUUGUGGUGGAAUCCACACGAUGACCUCCUACAUAUAAUACGCCCAAUCACAACGCUUUUCGGAAUUGAUGUAGAUGACGUUGACACGAUGUCGGUGAUCUCGGAUUUGACCGCUUCUCAUUCCUUUGAACGCUUUGGCCUUGAACAACACGAAUGCAAUGCAAUCCUCCACAGCGCCAACUUCAGCAUUCUUCCAUCAACUUCAGCUCAUUCUGAAGAUCUCGUGGUCAAACAAGUUUCUACUCGU